AUGGGAGAUACAACAUCGCAUUCCCCUAGGCAACGCUUGGUGCUGGGAGGCGCCUUCAAGCGAAAGCAGUGCCCAACUCAGCUUCUGAGAUACUUCGAAAUAGAGAACUGCAGCCAGCCACUGCUCCUGCUGCGACCCCGCGUGAGUCAGAGCAUUCGUGCAACUCGGCGGCUGCGGCGAUUGGCGCAGCUCCCAGGACUGGAGAAUAGCACUUGGCUAUACCUUAGCCAUUUGGGGCUGAGCAUUGCACAGCUGGAUUGCGCUGCGGAUGCAGAAGAGGUUGCCAAGCAACUUCGGAGCGAACAUGCAGGUGACCUAGAAUUCGUGGAGGCUGACAAGAGAAACCUUUUUAAGAUGGAGGACAUCGCAGAUACACACUGGAGUCGUCAAUGGGGCAUGAGGCGGAGUGGUUUCGAGAACGCGUGGUCUCGUUUGGAGACCUAUAACUUUGAAGCCGACCCGGUGACGGUUGCUGUGUUGGAUACAGGCGUGCAGUUGGAUCAUGAAGACUUGCAAGGUAGGCUUUGGCAGAACCCUGGAGAGAUUCCAGGAAAUGGGAUUGAUGAUGAUGGGAAUGGCUAUAUCGACGAUGUGCAUGGCUGGGAUUUUGCCGAUGGAGAUGCCAAUCCAUCAGAUGACGACGGUCACGGGACCCACUGUGCGGGAAUCAUCAGCGCGGUGAAGAAUGGCAAGGGCAUCGUUGGUGCAUUCGGAGGCAGUUCAGCCAUUCGAAUCAUGGCACUUCGUUUCCUGUCCAGUGAGGGAGGUCGCACCAGCGAUGCGGUGCUUGCGCUGAACUAUGCAGUGUCCAUGGGUGCAGUGAUCUCCUCCAACAGUUGGGGUGGGGCAUCUCACAGCUUGGCACUGGAAUCUGCGGUGCAGAGUGCCAAAGAGGGCGGACAUCUCUUCAUAGCUGCGGCAGGAAACAUGGGCAGCAGCAACGACUUUGUUCCCACGUUCCCUUGCAACUACGAAGCGGCUCUCUGUGUUGCUGCCACGACCUCCACGGAAGAAUUGGCGGACUACAGCAACUACGGGGUCAACUCUGUGCAGAUCGCCGCACCAGGCACCGACAUCAUCAGUAGCUACAUUGGCAACAGCUAUGCCUCGUUGAGUGGCACCUCCAUGGCCACGCCGCAUGUGGCGGGCGCUGCUGCGUUGCUUUGGAGCUGGAUGGGGCAACGUUUCGUGAGCGAUGCCGAAGACCUACGUGCCAUCAUCCUGGAAUCCGCUGAGCGGCCGGCGUUUCUGAACGGCUGGGUUGGCCAUGGCAUGUUGGAUGUGAAUGCCAUGGUCUUGAAGGCCGAGUCUCGGAACUGGUUGCGACUCCUGCAGCCUCCGAAUGGCUUGGUGGAUGCGACAGGUACUGUUGCCUCCGUUCAGGUGGAUGCUCUGAGUGAGGUCACCACGAGCCUGGAAAUCGGCCAUGACUUCCUGGCUGUUGGUACAUAUGAAGCAGAAGUGGUCAUCAGUGGCAUCGCUGCAGUGAUUCCAGUCACGCUGGAGAUUCUGGGAUCUCCAUAUUUACCAGCCGCGAUCUUUCAGGGCAUGCUGGAUUUUGGAGUGGUCCCGUUAGGCGGCGAGGGCCGUCGAACUGUGCGACUUUGGAACUAUGGCAAUGGAACUGCCAGGGUCAAGUUGAGCCCAGUGGCUGCUCCUUUCGCCGGUCCCUUAGUGGAGGUUUUAGUGGAGCCCCAGCAGUCCAUGGAUCUGAUUGUGACGUGCCGUCCCAGCAGCACGGGCCAGUUCUCUGGGACGGCCAGUUUCAGCACCAACUCUGGACUUCCUGCAUUUGAGGCCUCGGAGUUGAAUGCCACCGAGAAAGGGGAGCAGUUUUCCAUGGCGAUGAGCUGCGAAGGUAGUCAGGCACCACAUUUGGAGUUGGACUCUUUCAGUGGUGCAGUGCUUCUGCAAGAUGGGCUGCCCUUCCACUUCACUCCAUCCGUACCAGCCCAGUGGGAGGCCAACUUCCUGGACCCGGAGUCGCCUGAGGCAAAUGUGACUGCAGCCCUGGCCGUGGCCGAAAGCUCCAACCUGGAAGGAUGCCUACCUCACCAAGCAGGUGUGGCUGGGCACAUUGUGCUGGUGAGCCGAGGUGGAUGCACUUUCCAGGACAAGGUGACCUUGAUUCAGGAUGCCGGUGGAGUAGGAGGGCUGUUA